CAAGGCACGGUGCCUCUAAAACUUUGUUUCCACACUGGAAGUGGGAGAUUGUAAAGGAUAUUUGAGGGAACUGCGUCCUCGUAGUACGUGCGAGGAAAAGACAAUCUACGCGCCCUAACCUCGUUACGAUCAGAAAAACGAUAAUCUGUCAGUUUAGUUAACGAGCAAGUUAUGACUGAGACACUUGUCCUGCUUCAGGACUCAGAAGAACUUUCGGAAAAAGUCGUAUUAUCGUCAGACGCAACUUUCCAAAAAGAAAUUGUUGAACGCUAACAAUUUCGACAUUGGCUGCUUUUUGAGUUUAGUUUGCGGAGGACCUCGAAGGUGCGUCCCUGAAAAAAACUUUAGGGCUACGUUGAGAAGCGCAUUGUUCGCGACUUCGUAUGCACACUAAAAUGGAGGCUACGUUUUACGACGAGGCGUUGAACGCUGCCAUCUCUCAGCACGAAAGAGUUGGAGUAAACGGGUACAAAACUUUGAAGCGCAACAUGACACUUAACCUCAACGACCCAACCAAGAACCUAAAGCCCCACAUGCGCACCAAGGCGUGCGAGAUACUGACGUCCCCUGACGUUAAUUUACUCAAACUGGCCUCGCCCGAGCUGGAGCGACUCAUUAUUCAGUCCUGCAAUGGCUUGAUAACCACGACUCCGACACCGACGCAGUUUCUUUGUCCCAAGAAUGUGACGGACGAGCAGGAGGGUUUUGCGGAUGGCUUCGUCAAAGCCCUCGCGGAGUUGCACUACCAGCAGCAGAUGCCCACUGUGAACCCCACCGCAAACGGAGCGACGACUGCCGAAGUGCCACCUGCGUCCGCGGACACGGGCGGCGCACCUUACACCUGCGGCGGGCUCGGCGAGUCUGUUGAGUACACAAACCUCGGCGCCCUGAACCGAGGCUCGAACGCGUACGGUGACGCGGCGUCGUCUUGCAUGGGGUACAGCCCGGUCCCUCUGCAAAACUCCAGAAACGCUAAGCUUCAGUGCGCCGCGCCCCCUCGCCUGCAGGCGUUCAAGGAAGAGGCACAGAGAGUGCCCGACAUUAACGGUGACACUCCGCCGCUGUCACCGAUUGACAUGGAAAACCAGGAGAGGAUCAAGGCUGAAAGGAAGCGGAUGAGGAACCGAGUGGCAGCCUCCAAGUGCCGAAAGAGGAAGCUGGAAAGGCUCGCGAGGCUUGAGGAGAAAGUUAAAAGUUUGAAAAGUCAAAACACCGAACUGUGCACCGCCGCCAACGUGCUGCGGGACGAGGUCGCGCAGCUGAAGCAGAAGGUUAUGGAUCACGUCAACAGCGGCUGCCGUCUGAUUCUGACGCAGCAGAUGCAGGCUUUCCGAGGGGCCCUGCCGUAAACAUUUACGGACAAAAUGUUUUCUAUUUAACAAAACGAAAAGGUUUUUCAUCUGAUUCAGUUGUGUAUUUUACCCUUACCCUGUUUAGGGGCGCUAAUGAUUUGUUCUAGACAAUGCUAUGUUAACGCAUGGGACAGGGUCACUUUCCACUUGUUUUGGUUAAUGUAUAUAGUUUUCACCGAAUUCUUAUCACAUGUUAAUAAAGUGCUAUAUAGUGCUGACCUUCAGAUAUUCAAGUCUGUCACAUUGUAUUGUUUUAUAUUGAUAACAUAGUAAAACUAUUUUAUAUGUGAAAGAAAUUUAAACCUCGUCGUUUCUUUGACAUACUGUACAACGAUGAAAUCCGGAUUCUCAACAUGGAAAAGAAAUUGUAAUAUUUUGAAGUUUAGACAUACUUUGGAUGUUUGUUAAUUCCCCCCUCGCCAAAAAAAAAACCUUUAAGUAUUGGUCAA